AUGCCUUCAACCUCAAGUCUUGGUUCAAAUUAUACAUUUGGAUCAAAUUUCUCAGGUUCGUUUACAUUAGGUAUUUUACUUGAUGGUGGUAUUAAAACGUUUUCAAAAGUGACAUUCAUUGUACGACAGACUGGUAAAUUCAGCACUAUUAUUUGUUGGCUUGGUAACAUUGUGCCAACAGCUAAUAUAUGUUCACUCGUUGGUGGAUGUGGUCUCUAUAUUCCAUCUGGGUGUGCAUUAUUAACAAGCAGUCUUAAUGGCCAAUUGAACAUUAACUUCAAUUUAAUAACGAUUGUUAGUGGUGGAUCUCUUGGCUUAGGAUCUAACGGUGUUCACAUUGCACUUAAAUUCAAGUUUACAUUAGAACUUGAUUGCUUGGAACAUUAA